AUGCGCGAGAUUGUUCACCUUCAGACCGGCCAGUGCGGUAACCAGAUUGGUGCUGCCUUCUGGCAAAUUAUCUCUGGCGAGCACGGCCUCGAUGGCUCCGGCAACUACAAUGGUACGUCCGACCUUCAGCUCGAGCGUAUGAACGUCUACUUCAACGAGGCUGCCGGCAACAAAUAUGUCCCUCGCGCCGUCCUCGUCGAUCUCGAGCCCGGUACCAUGGACGCCGUCCGCGCCGGUCCAUUCGGUCAGCUCUUCCGUCCCGACAACUUCGUCUUCGGCCAGAGCGGUGCUGGCAAUAACUGGGCCAAGGGUCACUACACUGAGGGCGCCGAGCUCGUCGACCAGGUCCUCGACGUUGUCCGUCGUGAGGCUGAGGGCUGCGACUGCCUUCAGGGCUUCCAGAUCACCCACUCUCUUGGUGGUGGUACUGGUGCUGGUAUGGGCACACUGCUCAUCUCCAAGAUCCGUGAGGAGUUCCCAGACCGCAUGAUGGCCACAUUUUCUGUCGUACCAUCACCAAAGGUUUCCGACACCGUCGUCGAGCCAUACAACGCCACUCUAUCCGUCCACCAGCUCGUCGAGAACUCAGAUGAGACCUUCUGUAUCGACAACCAGGCCCUGUACGACAUCUGCAUGCGUACAUUGAAGCUGUCCAACCCCUCAUAUGGUGAUCUUAACCACCUGGUCUCCGCCGUCAUGUCUGGUGUCUCCACAUCGCUGCGCUUCCCCGGCCAGCUCAACUCCGAUCUUCGCAAACUGGCCGUCAACAUGGUCCCAUUCCCUCGUCUACACUUCUUCAUGGUCGGCUUCGCCCCUCUCACUAGCCGUGGCGCCAACUCAUUCCGUGCCAUCAGCGUCUCGAUGAAGGAGGUCGAGGACCAGAUGCGCAACGUCCAGAACAAGAACACCUCAUACUUCGUCGAGUGGAUCCCCAACAACGUCCAGACUGCUCUUUGCUCUAUCCCACCUCGUGGCCUGAAGAUGAGCGCUACAUUUGUCGGCAACUCUACUUCCAUCCAGGAGCUGUUCAAGCGUGUUGGAGAUCAGUUCUCUGCUAUGUUCCGUCGCAAGGCUUUCUUACAUUGGUAUACUGGUGAGGGUAUGGACGAGAUGGAGUUCACUGAGGCCGAGUCCAACAUGAACGAUCUUGUCAGCGAAUACCAGCAAUACCAGGAAGCCUCCAUCUCAGAUGGCGAGGAGCCAUACGAGGGUGAGGAGGACCUCGGCGAGGAGGGUCUCGAGCAGUAG